UGUGUUUUUAACAUUUUUACAAAAUUUCUUCAUAUAAAAAGCCACGGUCAAUGCCCCAACAAAUCAAUCAGUGACAUACAUUGUUUACUACAACACCAAUAUGUUUAGAAAAAUCAUAGCAGUAUUUGCACUGGCAGCCGCUGCCAAGGCUGGCUUCCACCAGGGGCAUGACCACGGUCACACAGUUUCAACACACAGUAUCGUCGCCCACCCUUCUCACUACGGUGGAUACAAUUCUCACUACGGUGGACACAACUCUCCCUACGGUGGACACGAUUUUGACUACGGUGGACAAAACUCUCCCUACAGCGGACACAAUUCUGACUACGGUGGACAAAAUUCUGAUUACGGUGGACACAAUUCUGACUACGGUGGCCACGAUUCUCACCACGGUGGACAGGGUCACGGACUGGCCUUCUCAACCCAGAGUUUCAUGCUGCAUAACACGUGGCCGCACUACUCUGAGCCGUCUCACUACUCUGCACCUUCUCACGACUACGGUGGGGAGUCUCACUUCGGUGGCUCACAUAACUUUGGUGGCUCGUCUAACUUCGGUAGUUCACCUAACUUUGGUGGCGCACCUAGCUACGGUGGCGCAUCCAACUUCGGUGGCGCAUCUAACUUCGGUGGAUCUUCUAACUUCGGUGGUGCAUCUAACUUCGGUGGCUCAUCUAACUUCGGUGGCUCUUCUAACUUCGGUGGUGCAUCUAACUUCGGUGGCUCUUCUAACUUCGGUGGUGCAUCUCACUACGGCGGCGAAUCUCACCAUUCUGCACCAUCUCACUACGGUGGUGAAUCUCACUACUCUGCGCCAUCACACCACAGUGGCCAUUAUGAUGCACAUGCUGGACACGGUCACGCCAAAUACGACUACUCAUACCACGUGCAAGACCCGCACUCGGGUGACCAGAAGUCGCAGCACGAGACGCGGGAUGGUGACUCGGUGCGCGGCUUCUACUCGCUGGUGGAACCUGACGGGUCCACGCGCAGGGUGGAGUAUACUGCUGAUGCUCAACAUGGUUUUCAGGCUGUCGUGCACCGGUCGGAGCCUUCCCACCAUCCCUCCUCCGUCCAUCACCACCACCAUUACUGA